AUGAAUGCAGUGAAGAAACGAAUUAAAUCAGGUACAUCUCCGUCAAAUAAUCUUAGUUCAUCACCGUCAAGUCAACAUCAACCACCGCAGACUUCAGAUUCAUUUGAAGGUUUAUCACCAGAAUUAAUACCUAUAGUUACUUUAUUAUCAUCACAAUCACAUAGAAGAUAUCAUGAAGGUAUCUUUCUGUUAUAUUAUGAUUUAAAUGGUGAUGGAAAACCAGCAGAUCGUGAAUGGAAGGAAGUUUAUGGUAUAUUAACUGGUAAUCAAUUAGCCUAUUGGGAUGCUGCAAAUUUAGCUCAAUUUAAAAAUAAUCCUGAACAAUUAUUAGAAACUUCAGCAAAACCAACAUAUAUAAAUUUCACUGAUUCAGUUUAUAAUGCCAUGAAAAUAUUACCUGCAGCUAAACAAAACUUGGAUAAUGUUAUAAUUGUUUCAACUACUUUAAAAAAUAGAUAUAUUUUACAAUUUAAAUCAUAUAAAGAUUUAACUGUAUGGUAUUCAAGUUUAAGGUUAUCAAAUUAUGAAUAUAAUUCAUUACAAGAAGCUUAUACUGGUGCUUUAUUAAGUGCUAGAGGUUCAAGAUUAAGUGAUAUUAGAACAAUCCUUGCUGAAAAAAGAUUUGAUCAUGAAGAUUGGGUCUCAAUAAGAUAUGGUAGUGGUAUGGCUUGGAAAAGAUGUUACGCGGUAGUUGAACCAUCACAAUUGAAAAAGAAACUGUUUACUGCUGGUAGAAUAUUAUUUUACGAAAAUGAUCAAAAAAAGAAGAAGCAAUUAAUGGCAGUUGUAACUAAUGCUACUUCUGUAACUGCAGUUUAUCCACAAUCUCAUUUAUUAAUUGAUCAUUCAACAAUGUUAAAAAUGGAAGGAUUUAUAAAUUUUAAUUCACCAAGUUUAUCUCAAAAAGUAUCUAAAAAGAAUUUAGAUGAUUUUAAACAGACAUCAAUAUUUUUGAUGCCUGAACAACAUUCAAGUGUACCUGGAUUUGAUACAUUGAUUAGAUUUUUAGUGCCAUUAUUAGAUUCAUUUGGAUUAUACGGAAGACCAAAAAGAUUGAAAGCAAAUAGAAAUGAUAUUGAUUCUUUAUUAUUUGGAUUACCAACGUUACCAAGAGUACAUUAUUUAGAAUUGGAUGAUAUUUUAAAUUUAGUUCAACAAAGAAAUGAUUUUAUGAAUUGGGAUUUAAAUACUUGGACAAAUAAUAUUAAAGCAUUGUUGAAAUCUAAAAUAGAUAGAGGUUAUGAUGGUUGUGGAAGUUCAAGAGGAUAUGCAGGUGCUCUAAAUUCAUUAAAUAGUCCACAAUUGAGUGGAUCUCCAAGAUUCCCAUCAUCUUCAAGAUCAGCAUCAUCUUCAUUAUCAAAAGUAUCAUCUGCUCAAUCAAAUCAACAACCACCAUUACCACCAACAAAUGAUUUAAGAGAAACAAAUAAAGGAUUUGAUAAAAAUAUUAAUGAUUUAUCAAUUAGAACAAAUGGUCAAUCUAAUUUCAAACCUAGUGUUCCUAUAAUUGUACAAAAUGGUGGUGCUGGAGGUAUACAACAAGCAACAACUACUACUCCAAAUCAAUAUCAAACAUUGGCACCAGCAUUAGAUUCAAAAUUACAACAUAAAUCAGUACAAUUAGAUGAUAUAUACCAAAAAUAUUCAGAUUUGAAAACACCAUCAGAUAAUUAUCACGAUAGAGAUUUAAGUAAUAGUUUACAAGGAAUCAAUUUGAAUAAAAGUAUGUAUCCUAAAGAUGAUGAUGGAUUGUUCAGUGAAGAUGAAUCAGAUGAUGAAAAAAUAGAUAUUAGACAAAUUGGUAAAUCAAAAGAACCAACAAUUGGUACACCAACUAGUGGUUUACAAGUUCCAUAUAUUCAAAAUAAUAAUUCUGGUUCAUAUUCUUCUAUAAUGUCACCAAUGGCACAAUUUGAAGAUUUAAAAGAUCAAUUUAAAUUAGUGGAUAAGAAGAUACCAAUGUAUAAUUUAGAAAAUAAUCUGGAUGAAUCACCACCACCACCACCAAUUCCAAAACAUGAAACAACAAGUAAUUUUGGUGGCAAGUUGAAUGUUAAUGAAGUAACUCAAGGUACAAGAGUUCCAAAUCAAACUCAAACUUCAAUUCAUUCAGAAAGUGGUAGAGUUUCAAGUGGAUCUGAUUCAUUAGAAGAAGUUAUAGCUCCAUAUCCAACAGUACAACCAAAACCAAAUAAUAAACCAAGAUUUAUUUCAUCACCAAACUCAUCACAAAAUCAAGUGAAUAAAUUUCAUUCACCAGAAAGAAAACCACCACCAGCAAUGAACAAUAAUAGUAUUGUUUAUCCUGUAUCUCCAGAACGUUUAAAUAACAUGAAACAAUCACAAGAGAAUUUAAACGAAGUAGUAUUAAAAUCAUCAUCACCUCCAAAACAAUCAAAAUCAUUACAACUGAAUCCAUAUGAGAUAAGAGGACAACAAAUACCAACAUCACAACCACAAUCUAAUCCAUAUCAAAAACCACAACAACAGCAACUACCAAUUCCACAACCUCAAUCAAAUCCAUAUUCAAAAGCACAACCUCAAAUACCUCCUCAACAAAGACAACAACAACAACAAUAUCCGAAUCAUCAUCCUCAGGCUCCACCUCAACAACAAUAUAGAUCAGUGAUACCUCAAAAUCAACAACCUAGACCAAUGCAAAAUCAGAUCCCCCCUCAACAAUAUCAACAACAACAAGCAAGACCAGUCAAUAAUCGAAUGCCACCUCAACAACAACAAAAUCCAAGCCCAUAUCAAAUACAGAAUAAACAACAACAACCAAUACCUAGAUCAUAUGGACAACCACAAUUACAACAGCAUUUAAAUCAAAAUCAACAACCAUCACAAUUUAGAGGAUAUGAUCAGAAUCAAAAUCAACAAUAUCAAUAUUCAUAUCAACCAAACUCAAAUCAACAACCACAACCACAACCACCAAAUCAAAUGAGAAAACAACAACAUCCUUAUGCUCAAUAUACUGAUCAGUAUAGAAAAUAUUAA